GACAGCAGCCUGUGGCUUUACUGGAUAGUUGGGAGAGAGUGGUGUGGUGACACACAUGGGAUUAACAAAGUUCAAAUACAGCACCAGGCAGCCAGCUGCAUUAUUUACAUUGUGUUUAUGAUUAUGCUAAUGUAUUUGUUAUUCAAUCUAUCAUUACAUGUAUUAUUAUACAUUACACUAUUGUAACUUCAGUAUGUAUAAAAUGCUUUAAUUAUGAAGUUUUCCAUAUGUAUAUGUCUGCCAGGGUUAUCAACUUAGCUCACAAGCAUCCCCAAGGAAGAAAAGGGAGUGGGUUCAUUUGUGGUACCCAGUGGCUGGAGAUCCCCAUCAAAGGGAAGGGGAAGAUGGUAAGGUUGAUUUAUAGUACAGCUGUCACCCCCCAAGGAAGCUUAAUUCUCAAGGAACACAAAGCCUUAACUAAAGCUCUGAUCCCACUAUAGUACUGCCACCUUUAGACCAUUUCCCUAAUUAGCAGAGAAUGGAUAGACUUAAUGGGAAAUUAAAUCAUUCUUCUUACUCAAUUCUUGGGACAUGCAAUUAGAGAAGGGCAAGAGCAGAACAUUUUGCAAGAAUAUAAUGGAAAAAAAAAGUUUUGUGGGUACAUCUGUGUAUGAAAAUUUACUAUUCCAAAGUAACAAAUUUACAAUUUCUCAUAUUCAUUUCUUCUUCCCAUUUAAUACUCAGGGAUAAAAAUAUUCCAAGUUUGAUGGAACUGAUGCCUUUGAUCAGUUGCUGGGACACAUGCAAAGGCAACACAAACUUACGAUUGCCAAGGAAAAUACAUCUUUUCCCUUAGAUUUCUCCAAAGUACCACACAGUACUGUUUCCAUCCCUUAGAAUGCUUCAAUGUAUUUUCAGUGGGAAUGGAGAGGCCACCUAAAUUCCACAUCUAGUCUUUUGCUUCACUGCUUCUGUCUAACAUCUAACAAGGUGUGAAUCAACCUCAUCCAACCAGAACACUCAACUUUCUCUUCAACCUCAACAACUGGUGACCCCUGGACAAGAAACUACUCUUCAGCAAUGGAAGAAGAUACCAAGCCCAGCAAUGCAAAACCAACUGUUUCCACCGUCACAGUGAAGCUGUCACCCUUCUGCGCCAGUGAGGCUGCAUCAUGGUUUCGGCAAGCAGAAGUUCAGUUCCGACUGAGGAAAGUUACAAGCCCUCAAACCAAGGCCGACUAUGUACUGGAAGCCAUCCCUGAGACAAUUUUUCCUCACAUCACAGCAUGGCUGGACAACCAGGACAAAGAUGUCAUCGACGACGACCUCAAGCAGUAUCUCCUUCAAAGAGUUCACGAUCUCCGUCAGCGCCUGGCUCCGACAUCUUCUAAAUCUUCGUCUAACACCUCUGGGAGACACCACAGCACAUGCAGCAUGGAAUGAGAUGCAAGCUCUAGCUACACUACUUGAACAUGACUCUACUACUGACAAACCACAGCGGGUAGACUUGCUGUGGGAGCUGUGGCUGCAACGUCUUCCCUCAUCUGUGAGAGCUGCCCUACACGAAGCUGAUGACUGCCCCGUGGAAGAGCUCAUAAAUAAGGUGGACAAUCUUAUCAAUACCGCAAAAGCGUCCUGUGCCCCCGACACUAUCUGCCCUGCCUUAGUUGACAACCUGCCCAACACCAAUGCUGCCAGGCCACCUGUUUGCAAGUGGCUGCCCGACAACCAGACGUGCAACUGCAAACCAGGAGUUUCCAGCCAACAUGGACAGCAUGGACUGUGCUACUACCAUCACAAAUUCGGAGCUGGAGCUUGCAAAUGCACCCCAGGUUGCCAGUGGCCAAAAAACUGUUAAUGAGGCCACCACUGACCACAGCAGUGGCCUCUUCGGACCCCAAGCCUGGGAAUAUCAAUGCGCUUGCUUUACCAGCCUCUGGUUUCUUCAUCACAGACAUCUUAUCUGGCCGUAAGUUUCUGGUGGACACAGGCACUUUUUGUUUCCUGUUUCCAGUCACAGCAGAGGACAGAAACUGCCCUUUGACACACUGAUUAGACAUCAAGCUCAUCGCAGCCAAUGGAAGUACAAUUCCCACCUACAGCACCCGCACCAUCCCUAUCCAAGCAGCCGAACGCAGCUUUUCUUGGGAUUUCGUCAUCACUGAUGUCAAGACGCCUCUCCUAGGAGUGGAUUUCCUGAGUCAUUAUGGAUUGCUCAUUGAUGUUGCCAACCAUAAAUUGCUGGAUGUAGCAACAUUCCGCUCAGCUCCUCUUGGCUCCCACUGCCGACACACAGAAAUCUGUUCAUUGAGAAUAGAUAUCCCUUACGACAUGCUCAGACAAAAAUUCCCUGAAGUAUUCUGCCUAGAACUCCAUCAGCAGCAUGGUCACUCAUCAAAACAUGGAAUUUUCCACUACAUCAAAACAACGGACCCCCCAGUUCAUUCCAAGUUUAGACAGCUAUCCCCUGAAAAACUUCAAGCAGAAAAACAAGCUUAAGCCGACAUGGAACAAAUGGGCAUAUGUCAGAAAGCCUCAAGUCCAUGGGCAUCUCCUCUUCACCUCGUCAAGAAAGCUGAUGGCACCUGGCAGCCCUGUAGCGACACUACAGGCAACUUAAUCUUUUUACAGAACCAGAUCACUGGCAAUUCCCAACAUGGCAGACCUUAUCUCCAAUCGACAUGGGGCCAAGAUUUUCUCCAAGCUUGAUCUCCUGAAAGGGUAUUUUCAAGUUCCAGUUUACCUCAAAGACAUACCCAAGACAGCAGUCAUCACACCCUUUGGGACUUGCACAUUCAAUUACUCCACUUUUGGUCUUCAAAAUUCAGGGGCAACCUUUCAGCACCUAAUAGAUGGCAUCCUCAGAGACCUUCCCUUCUGCACCUGCUACGUGGACAACAUACUGAUCUUCUCCAAGAACUCAGAGGAACAUCUCCAACAUCUCCGAACUGUUCUGCAGCAACUACAGGACAAUGGCCUGUUUGUGCAUCAGAACAAAUGCCAGUUUGGCGCUACAUCAGUGGAAUUCCUUGGACACCAGAUAUCGUCCACCAGUGUCUCCCCCCUUUUGGGUAAGGUGCAUGCUGUUUCAAAAUUUCCUUGUCCCACCACCAUCAAAGGACUCCAAGAAUUCAUUGGUAUAGUAAACUACUACCAUUGCUUCCUGCUGAACAUUGCCCAGAUCAUGGAACUGCUCUACAGUUCUCUCGUUGGCAAACCAAAAGAGCUGGAAUGGGGACCAAAACAGGAAUGAGCCUUCAAGGACACAAAGGCCGCCCUCACCUCAGCUACAACUCUUUCCUUCCUGUGCCCCAGCACUCCUCUUACACUGACCACAGAUGCGAGUUCUGUUGCUGUUGGAGCAGUCAUCGAGUAGACCAUCAAGGGUACGACACAACCACUGGGAUUCUUCAGCUGGGAACUCUGGCAAGCAGAAACAAGAUAUAGCAAAUUCGACCAUGAACUACUGGCUGUCUACCUCGCUGUUCACCACUUCAAACACCUCCUAGAAGGAAUCCCAUUCACCAUUCGUACGGACCAUCGCAUACUGGUUCUUGCUUUCUCCAAACAGGGUGAUGCUUGGUCAGACCAACAAUGGCCAGCACCUCUCCAGCAUUGCUGAGUUCAAUUGCACCAUUGAAUACACCCCAGGAAAGAUGAAUCUGGUGGCCAAUGCCCUCUCAAGAGUGGAAAUAAACUCAGUCUACCUCGGAAUCAACUAUGAAGAGAUAGCAACUGCUCAAGAGAAUGACCCUGAGACUGCAGCCUACCGCACUGACAUAACGAGUCUGCGAUGGGAGGAUGUUGCCUUCGGAGACAGGGGCCAUACCAUCCUCUGUGAUGUUAGCACCGGUUGUCCGCGACUUCUCAUCCCGGAGCCCAAACACAGCAAAAUCUUCAAUGUUGUCCAUGGUUUGCCACACCUAUCUGGAUACUCAACUGCCCAUCUCAUAAAGGAGAAAUUCAUUUGGCACAGAAUGAAUAAGAACAUAAGGCAAUGGGCCCAAUGCUGCAUUACCUGCCAGACAAGUAAAGUUGGCUGCCACACUGAGUUGGGGAUAGGAGACUUCCACCAGCCCAAGUGUCAUUUUGGACAUUCACGUCAACAUGGGUGGCCCCCUUCCACCAUCAGAUGCCUCACAGUACCUCUUCACCACUACAGAGUGUUCCACACACUGGCCAAAAGCAAUACCCAUGACAAAUGCUACCGCACGAGAUUGCGCUGAGGCCCUCUUACAUGGAUGGAUCAGCUGCUUUGGUGUUCCAGACGACAUUACUUCUGACUGGGGCCCUGCCUUCAUCUCUCAGCUGUGGACGUCCCUGGGAGAGUUGAUGGGGACAAACAUCCAUUGCACCACGGCCUACAAUCCAGCAACCAACAGCAUGGUGGAGCGGACCCACCGCACCCUAAAAGCUGUGCUGAUGGCACACUGUACCUGACCAGAUUGGAAGGCCCAACUACCCUGGGUCCUCCUUGGGAUGCGGUCAUCACCGAAGGAGGGACUGCAUUUUUCCCCGGCCGAGAUGGUUUUUGGAGAAGCUCUUGUUGUUCCAGGAGAAUUCUUUCCAUCAUCCAAUACAGCCGUUGAUGACAACAAUCUCGCCAGACUACGGCACACCGUGGGGAAGUACCAGUCAUGUGUCCAAACACACAAGACAUCGCCUCCAUGAUACUUCCCCAAAUCACUAAACUCCUCUAAGUACGUCUUCGUAAGGUACAACGCUUACAAACCACCCCUCACUUGCCCUUACUGGGGACCCUACGCCGCCCUAGAAUGUAACUCCGUAGGCAUUUUGCAUCAGUAUAGCCAGAGGCAGUGACUGGGUGUCAAUCAACCACUUAAAACCUGCCUACCUUGAGGAAGAGGAUUCCACGCCUAUAUUGCCACUUGUUGACAACCCAACUUCUACCUCACACCACCUGAGUGCAUGUCCUCCUGCACCAUCCCCUAAAGAUGGACCUUGCCCCACCUCGUCCCGCACUGGACGGCUCAUCCAACAGCCUGACCGUCUUGACCUCUGACCAGGCAGGGACUCUCUUGUUGGGGGAGUAUUUGUAAUGCUGUUUUAAGUCAUCCCUUCAGUACAGCAUCCUCGAAGAGAACAGAACAGUUUGGCAGUGACUAAAAACAAACUCACAAAAUCUCAUUAAUAUGCUUUUUCCUUGAUAGUUAAUUGUCCACUCAUCCCAUUCAAGUUUUACCUUUAUAUUCUAGAUUUUUUUGUUUUGUAUUUCAUUACAGUCAUUACCCAUAUUAUUCACUCACUGCAUUAUUUGCAUAGGUUUCAAGAUUUGUAUAUUUAUAUUUGGUAUUUGUUACAUAUGCUCAAGGUGCGAAUAAACCUCGUCCAACCGGAA